UCCCCGAGCGCGGCGCGGCCGGCCGCUGAGCGCAGCCCGGAGGCUGCAGGCCCGACCCGGCCUCGGAGCGAAAGCCGCCGCGGCCCGGGUCCCCGCGCCCAGCCUGCGCCCCGCCGCCGCCGCUGCCGCCCGGCCCGAGCAUGGAGACGGCGGAGAAGGAGUGCGGCGCCCUGGGAGGGCUCUUCCAGGCCAUCGUCAACGACAUGAAGAGCUCCUACCCCAUCUGGGAGGACUUCAACUCCAAGGCCACAAAGCUGCAUUCCCAGCUGAGGACCACUGUGCUGGCUGCUGUGGCCUUCCUGGAUGCCUUCCAGAAAGUGGCUGACAUGGCCACCAACACCCGAGGGGCCACGCGGGAUAUCGGCUCGGCGCUCACGCGCAUGUGCAUGCGCCACCGCAGCAUCGAGACCAAGCUGCGGCAGUUCACCAAUGCGCUCCUGGAGAGCCUCAUCAACCCACUGCAGGAGCGCAUCGAGGACUGGAAGAAGUCGGCCAACCAGCUGGACAAGGACCAUGCAAAAGAGUACAAACGAGCCAGGCAUGAGAUCAAGAAAAAAUCUUCAGACACGCUGAAGCUGCAGAAGAAAGCACGCAAAGGGAAAGGAGACUUGCAGCCCCAGCUGGACAGUGCCCUGCAGGACGUGAACGACAUGUACCUGCUGCUGGAGGAGACGGAGAAGCAGGCGGUGCGCCGGGCCCUGAUUGAGGAGCGUGGCCGCUUCUGCACCUUCAUCACCUUCCUGCAGCCUGUGGUGAACGGCGAGCUGACCAUGCUGGGAGAGAUCACCCACCUGCAGGGCAUCAUUGAUGACCUGGUGGUGCUGACCGCGGAGCCACACAAGCUGCCCCCAGCCAGCGAGCAGGUGAUCAAAGACUUGAAGGGCUCAGACUACAGCUGGUCCUACCAGACCCCACCCUCAUCGCCCAGCAGCUCCAGCUCCCGGAAGUCCAGUAUGUGCAGCGCCCCCAGCAGCAGUAGCAGUGCCAAGGGUGGCGGAGCCCCGUGGCCUGGGGGUGCCCAAACAUACUCACCCGGUUCCACCUGUCGCUACCGCAGCCUGGCACAGCCGGCCACCGCCAGCGCCCGCCUCUCCAGCGUCUCCUCCCACGACUCUGGCUUCAUCUCCCAGGAUGCCACCUACUCCAAGCCCCCCUCGCCCAUGCCUUCAGACAUCACCAGCCAGAAGUCCUCCAGCUCAGCGUCCUCCGAGGCCUCGGAAACCUGCCAGUCCGUCAGCGAGUGCAGCUCCCCUACCACGGACUGGGCCAAGGCCGGCCCCCACGAGCAGCCCUCAGGCACCACCCUGCAGCGGAGGAAGGACCGAGUGGAGCUCCUCCGAGACACAGAGCCAGGCCCGGCUAGCGGGGGCACCCUGGGCCCCAGUGGAGAGGAGGCCCCGCGACCCCGCAUGUCCCCUGCCACCAUCGCAGCCAAGCACGGUGAGGAGGUGUCCCCCGCGGCCAGUGACCUGGCCAUGGUGCUGACCCGCGGCCUGAGCCUGGAGCACCAGAAGAGCAGCCGGGACUCCCUGCAGUACUCGAGCGGCUACAGCACGCAGACCACCACGCCCUCCUGCUCCGAGGACACCAUCCCCUCCCAAGGCUCCGACUACGACUGCUACUCAGUGAACGGGGACGCAGACGGGGAAGGCCCACCCGAGUUCGACAAGUCGUCCACCAUCCCUCGCAACAGCAACAUCGCCCAGAACUACCGCCGCCUGAUCCAGACCAAGCGCCCGGCCUCCACUGCGGGGCUGCCCACCGCCGGGCUGCCCACCACCUCGGGCGCACCCCCUGGCGUGGCCACCAUCCGCCGCACGCCCUCCACCAAGCCCGCCGUGCGCCGCACCCUCUCCAGCGCCGGCCCCAUCCCCAUCCGGCCGCCCAUCGUCCCCGUGAAGACGCCCACAGUGCCCGACUCCCCCGGCUACGUGGGGCCCACGCGGGCGGGCAGCGAGGAGUGCGUCUUCUACACCGACGAGGCCGCCUCGCCCCUGGCCCCGGACCUGGCCAGGGCCUCCCCGAAGAGGCUCAGCCUGCCCAACACAGCCUGGGGCAGCCCGUCCCCCGAGGCCGCCAGCUACCCGGGGCCGGGGGCCGGGCUGGCGGCCGAGGACGACGAGGCGCAGCAGCAGCAGCUGGCCGCCAACCGGCACAGCCUGGUGGAGAAGCUCGGGGAGCUGGUGGCCGGCGCCCAUGCCCUGGGUGAGGGCCAGUUCCCCUUCCCCACUGCCCUGUCGGCCACCCCCGUGGAGGAGACUCCCACCCCGCCCCCCGCUGCCACCAGCGACCCCCCGGCUGAAGACAUGCUGGUGGCCAUCCGGCGCGGGGUGCGGCUCCGCAGGACCGUCACCAAUGACAGGUCGGCGCCCCGCAUCUUGUGAUCCCACCCUCUGGCCCGGGCGAGGCAGGUGGCCUGGUCGGUGGGCAGCGGCCACUCAGAGCAAAGGCACAGUCAGGAGAGAGCAGAGUCAGGCAAGCUUUUUUUUUUUUUUUUUUUAAAGUCAUACGAGGCAAAGCCACUUUAUUGGAAAGAGACACCCAUCUUGGAUUUCAAGGUUUAAACAGGAAAUGACUUAACAAACCUCGCCAGGACGGAGCCUGCGGGCCUGGAACUUGGAUUUGGAGCCUGUUUCAACCUUUGCUUGCCUACUCUGUCCCUCCUCUUCCUCCUUUCGGGCCCUGCCUUUUCCUGGUGUGGGUGAGCCCCAGAGCCACGCUCCCCGCCCACAGCAGCGGGGCAGGGCCAGCCUCUCCCGGGUCCCACCAGCCUGGCUGGGCCCGCAGGGCCACCGCUUAGCUAGCCUGGCCCGGCUUCUCGCCAUCUCCCCAGGGACGGUGGCCUCGGGCUCUUCCGGAAUGCUAGCCCAUCCCGCCCUGACUGAGCUCCCUCCUCCUCCCUCCUCCGUCGUCUCAUCUCUCUGCCUCUCCAGGCUCCUCUCGGAGAGCAGCUGUGCAAGGGCCAGGGGCCCAACCGGCUAAGGUAUCUGGUUUGCUGAGAAAGCGCUACGGGAUGGCUGGCUGUUGGGGGGGUGGUGGGGAGGUUGCAGCUGGGAGCCCAGCCGCCGUCGCCGCCGCUGCCGUCGUCGUCGUCGUCGGGGAAGGGGGUCCAGGCCCAAGUCAAGCCUCUUGGGGAAGACAUGCAGGGGACCUGCUUGGAGGAGGCUGGGGACCCUGAAGCAGCAUCCCCUCCCCCCAGGGGCGGCUGGGGUUGGAGGCAGGGCGGGGCUGGGCAGCGGGGAAGGAGUCCAGAGGCUAGGGGGUCACCUGGCCAGUCCCCCAGGAGCUGCUUUCAGAUGCCCGUCGCCAUCAUGGCGACCGACCCUGGUGACGGUUUCAGCCACCUCUGGGGAUGGGGGCUGGAG